AUGAUCGUAUGCGAUUUCUCUGUUAUACAUAUCGGACUACACUAUGCCAUCUUGGGCAGGAAAGUCAUUGCGUUCAGCUCCAUGCUUCCCCCCUACCCUGCUAUAGAAUCCCCCUGGCCUCUUCCAUUCACACUUAGCGGAGGCCAAUCAGACGAUUUGAGCUUCUUAGAACGUCUACAAAACUCGAUACUAGCACCUUUGCUCAUCCCAGCAUGGAACUAUCUAUUCUGGAUCUUCUGCAAAGGCGACGAGAGAUUGGAAACAACUCUAAAUGGUAUUAACUUUAUGCGAUAUCCUGGGAUUAAUAUUCCCCAUCUGAUAACAUCUGUAAUUGGGUUCGAUACACCUGCACUUCAAACUCCCCUCAGGCAUUACGUAGGACCUAUGGUGAAGAAAAGAACGGACAAAUUAGCAGAGGAUCUGGAGGAAUGGCUUAGUAACAAGAGAGAGAGAUCUGUUAUCUAUAUCAGCAUGGGUACCACUGGCUAUGUAUCCGGGGAUGUUGCUAGGACAAUCAUCGAAAGUGUGAUGGCAACGAAAUUUGAUGCAGUUUGGGCCCUGAGAGACAACAAUAGAGGGUCUAUAGAAGGUGUUGAAAUUGAUGACAAUCGAAUAUUUAUAUCGGGAUGGGUGCCACAGCAGACGAUACUCGCGCAUGCAUCGAUCCGAUUGUGUAUUCUCCAUUGUGGACUGAAUAGUGUGCAGGAGAGCCUAUACAAUGGCCUGCCUGUUGUGUGCCUGCCUCAUGCCUUCGAUCAUUUCGCGACUGGUGGGACCAUUCGUAAUAUUCGUGUGGGAAUAUCCAUGUACAGUUUUUUCGAUAGCAUUCUUGGGCAUACAGACGUAUCAAUAAAGGAUUUAACAAAUGCAAUCACGACAGUUUCAAGUGAUGGGUAUGUAGCAAAUGCUAGGAGGGUUUCACUCGUGUACAAGUUUGCUGGAGGAGCAGAGACAGCUGCAGGCCUGGUGGAGUACUAUACUGAUGUUGGGUACGAUCACCUCAUACCAGCCUUUGCAAGAUAUCAGUGGAGCUGGAUACAGUAUCGUAAUCUCGAUGUGUGUGCUGUUCUGUUUAGUAUUUUAGCUGUGUUUAUGUUUCUGUCGUACAAGUGCUUGUAUAGUUGUGUCUGUGUGAAAGUAUGUAGAAAGUGAUUUG